AUGGAUACAAUGCCUACAGAGCCUGUAAGGUCGGCUCGAAAGCGGGCCGUUGUAAAGCAGGUUGCUUUAUCUGAUAUACAGAUGGAAGCAGAGAAGGGAAUAUAUGUUACUGAAACAAAGGAUCGGGAUACACAUGACAGAUACGAAUAUAAGACGUCUGAUUUUGGGAGAUCUAAUUCUAUGGAAGCUGCAAUAUACAAGGCAGCUAUAGCUGGAGACAUCGAUGGCCUGACAACAGCACUACAACAAGACUCUGAACUCAAUCUUCUCAACGAACUCACCCCGCGAGAUGACACGAUUCUUCAUAUCGCCGCAAGACUAGGCCAUCACCAUCUAGUGGAACCAAUCCAAAGUCGCUCCCCAGACCUUUUCAAGAGCAAAAACUACAACGAUGAUCAUCCUCUACAUCUUGCUGCAGCUGGGGGUCAUCUAUCUAUAGUCCAGUCUUUGAUCACUAAUGCUUUACGGUUAGCGAUUUCUUCUGGGCGAGAAACUGAAGCAGAGCAGGACAUUUUAGAUGUCACAAAGGGGCAAAAUAAACAGAGGAAUACACCAUUGCAUAUGGCCGUAAAGGAUCAUCAAUACGAGGUGGCUUUGUUUUUGUUUAAGCGGCCUGGAAGUCAAAUAACCUCAUGUGUUCCGAAUCUGGGAAAAAAGUCAGCCUUGUAUAUGGCCGCCGAAGCAGGGCAUGAGGAGCUCUUUGAGCUUGUGAUGCAAUUCGUUGCUUCGAAUGUUGACGCUCAAAAUAUGCUCAAGGAUGGCCAACCACUCAUGCACGUUGCUAUUACAACAAGGAACAAGGAUUUUAUAUGA